CCUUUUUAAUUUUUUUUUUUUACAUUUUUAGUGUAGUGAACAACAGUCUUAUGGGUUAUAAUCUUUGGAGCACUUGAACGCAACCCCAAGCUCCUCCCACAUCCGGUGGAAAACCGCUAUCUAUCAGUAGAAAAAAAAAAUACAAAGAAAAAGAACAUCUCAACCAGGAAUACACCUCACGGAACCAGGUAGCUGCUCCUGAAAAAGCUGCAUAUUUUCGAGAUUUCAAUCGUAUCUAAAAGACAAAAAAGACAAAAUGAUCGGAAGAACGUGAUCGGGAAGGGACUGCUGCUGCUUCUUCAGCCGGCUGAAGGAACGAGCUAGACUCCCAUGGAUAGGCCUUGCAGGCUGCUUCUGCUCUCCGAACUCUGCGUCAGGAACGUGGCGUACGAUGUAAGCCUGAGUCGGUCACUGCUGACAUGGAAAAGACGGGCCUCCAGUCCGGUGUACCGCCCAUUCAGAGCCAGCGUGAAUCGCAGUGUGCCGGUGACAGAAAUCAUCUCAGUCAGAGAGGAACAAUGGAUGAACGGCAGUGAUCGAAAAGAUGACAGCAGCUGGAAGAAGAUCAAAGGUGGAGACAGAUCGGAUUGCAGGCAGGCCUUCACAGGUAGUCUGACCUUCAUUGGUAAACUGGCCCAUCAUGAGGCAGAUCUUUACAGGAAAGUUAUUGAGGUGUUGUACGUGGAGAGGUGUCGUCAGCACCACUGGCGCUGCGCUGAAGUUAACUUCACGUGUCCAGAUGGGGUCCUCUGCCAGAACUGGGUCAGCAGCAUCAGAGAGCAGCUAGCCAGCAUCUCCGCCAGACCCAGAAAUCUGCUGGUCUACAUCAACCCAUACGGUGGGAAGCGUCAGGGCAAACGCAUCUAUGAGCAGAAGGUAGCGCCACUGUUCGCUCAAGCUGGGAUCUCUACACAUGUCAUUGUCACUGACUAUGCCAAUCAUGCAAGGGAUCAUCUGAAGACGGACGCUGAUCUCAGCAAGGUUGACGGGUGAGUUGGGUUUCCUUUUAAUCAGUUCUCAAACUGCAGGGGACUGCUAUUGAUUCAACAAAGCACCAUUAUUAUUUUCUUGUUGAUCAGGUGGUGUCCCAACUUGAUAAUUUUGAUCUAAAUUGAUAGAUUAAUUAAUAAUUCCCUUUAUUAUUAUUUAUAGUUAUUGUUGAGAAUGAAAAUCCUAAUUGAUGAAUCCAUAAUUUGUAUUGACACACAGAGCAUAAAAUCAGCCAACAAAAGCAUUCAUACUUUACUUAUUUUAUUCACUUUCAGCGCAAAAGGGGGAGAAAAAUCCUAGAGUAGACACUGUCCCUUCCGGAAAACAUCCCCCGAGGCUAUUACAGAUGUUGACAUACAUAGCAUCAUUUCAGUCAUUGAUGUUGUCUUUCAUUCAUUUCAUUUCACUUCAUUUCAUUUCAUUUUUGGGG